AAUGUAAAGCAAUCUUUCAAAUGUUUGACAUUGACGGGGACGGUCAGCUAACAGAGGAGGAGAUAAUGAAAGGAUAUCAUAUGUUUGAUAUGAAUCCGACGGAGGAAGAUAUAAAACAGACAAUGAAAGACCUCGAUAUCGAUGAAUCAGGAACAAUCGAUUAUGACGAGUUUAAGAGUUUAAUGUGGAAAAUUGACCAGGACGAGGAACGGGACAACGUGGCUCAGGCAUUCCGAAAAUUCGAUCGGCGCCGGAGAGGCUACCUAGACAAGAGGCAAUUUAGUUCCGUACUUAACGCCGCCAUUAAAGGCGAAUCAGGUGAAAAAUUCAGUAAAGAGGACGUCGACAAGUUCUUCAAAGUUGUGGACACCGAUAAUAACGGCAAGAUUGAUCUAGAAG